AUAUUCAAAAUAGGUUUCAAAAAAAACCGUAUUAUUUUACAUUUUGAUUUUUAUAAUUAGGAUGAUAUAAAAAUUUUAAAAUCAACAAAAUUUUACUUAUCAAAAUUAUUUUCUAAAAUGAUGUUGAUAUUUUUAAUAUUCUGCUCCAUUCUUUCCAACUACUUUUGCCAAAACUACACAACAAUCAGCGAACCUUUAGAUUGCCCUCUGCUAAAAUGUAGUAAGGAAUGUUCAAAUGGUUAUCAAGUCGAUGAAAAUGGAUGUAGAACCUGCCGUUGCAAUUGCUUCCAGUUAGGUUGCAAAGAAUGUAUACAUGGUAAUAAAGUCGAUGAAAACGGAUGUAAAACUUGCCAAUGCGAUUGUCCCCUUUUUAAAUGUAGGGAGUGUGCUAAUGGCAAUCAAAUCGAUGAAAAUGGAUGUAGAACCUGCCGUUGCAAUUGCUUCCAGUUAGGUUGCAAAGAAUGUAUACAUGGUAAUAAAGUCGAUGAAAACGGAUGUAAAACUUGCCAAUGCGAUUGUCCCCUUUUUAAAUGUAAGGAGUGUGCUAAUGGCAAUCAAGUCGAUCAAAAUGGAUGUAGAACCUGCCGUUGCAAUUGCCCUAAAAUUAAACUAAAGUGUCCUUUUUGCCCAAAUGGUUACCAAUUGGAUGAUAAUGGAUGUAUGACUUGCAAAUGCGUUUGUUUCCCAUUCCCUUGUGCUUUUCCUUGCCAAAAUGGAGUUGAAAUGGAUAAAUACGGCUGCCCAACUUGUCAAUGCAUAUGUCCCCUGAAAAAGUGCAAGCCAUGUCCUAACGGUUACAAAUUUGAUAAACAAGGUUGUCAAACAUGUGAUUGCGAAUGUCCUCUAAGAAAAUGCAAGGUAUGUCCUAAAGGCUACCAAUUUGACCAACAGGGCUGUCAAACAUGCGAUUGCGUUUGUAGCGCACCCAGAUGUUCUAACAAAUGCGAAAAUGGAUUUGAAAAUGAUAAGUAUGGAUGUGCAACUUGUAAAUGCAACCCGGUCGUUUGCUACUGGAAAAGAAAAUGAUCAAAUUUAUUUAAACAAAUUAUGUAUUAAUGAUUUAUAAAGAAAUAUAAAGUUUUUAAUUUUCAUUCAUUGUUUAUAAUACAGUUACAAUAAAGUUUUUAUCUUUAAUAUA